AUGUUCCGGCUACACCAUAAAACCAAGAAGUUUAAGCGGCCAAUCAACAUAAUCAGCGAGGAAGUGAGGUUAUUGUUGACCAAUGCAUGGUUACCAAAGCUAGAGCUUCAUGGUGUAUAUCCACUGACAGAGCCAAUGGAACCGUUUAUAAAGUGGUUAAAUCAGUUCACGAUAAAAGGUAAGGUGAUUUGCCACUUUCAUUAAAAUAGUACUGUAUUUUUUAUUAAGGACCUCUGGACUUGGUCUUGUCCGGACAUUACUACUAUUUUUACGUCGUUUUCGAUAAACAGGUUUUUAAAAGGGAAUGGCCUCUUGGAUACAUGGAAAUGACAUAUGAUAAUACGGCCGGUGCUACAGUAGAAACUUUUGUAAACUUUAAUGAAUAUUUGUUUAAUGGUGCUUCAAAACUUUACGUACCUGAGCUGAGAAUGUCAUUUAUGAGUAAGUUGAAUUUCUAUUCAUUUUGGUUUUAAUGUUUAUACUUUUGAACUUUUUGACAAUAAUGUUUAGACGCAAGAUUCGAGCUAUUAGAAAGUACGGUGAAGAACGCCAAAACAGAAACUUUAUUUCUAUCGAUCUCAACUGGAAGCUCUUUGUUCAAUACUGACAAGUAUAUUGGUCAACCCGAUGAAAACACACACAUUGUUGAUCUUGUACUUGAUCUGAGGGAGUUCAAUGGCAUCCCUGACAAACUUAUCAACUAUAUAUUAGCAUCGCUGGGAAAGCUGGAGAAUGUCAUAAUUAUCCGUACAGAAAGAUGUGAUAGACACAGUAGCAAAAGGCCAAAAUUAUCAACGAAUGAUGACAUUUCUGACGAAUAUUCAAAUGUAAACUUCAUUUUUGUCACAGUAUCUGAUACAAACAUGGUACGUUUUAAAAUUUUCAGUUAAAUUUUUAAAAAUAUGUUAAUUAACAUUCCAGCUAUGAAAUCGUAUUAGAUAUCGUAUUAUGAACUUGUAGGAUACGGCGGUCCUUUUAGCAGAGCUUUCAUUUUCACGUCGAGAGCUUUACCUGAUCAGACAAGCUCUCCCGAAUACAACAAAGUUUCUGCCUAAUUCAACGACAACUCGAUCAUACUACAUCGAUUCAUAA